CACACCUGUCCUCCAACACUCUUCUGAUGUGUUAAAGCACACUUUAUUGAACAGUUUGAUGGAGAGCUGGUCGGAUGACAGCUGGAACUGUUGUCAUAACCGGAGGAAUUCUCGCCACGGUGAUACUCCUGUGUAUCAUAGCAGUGCUCUGUUACUGUAGACUCCAGUACUACUGCUGUAAGAAGAAUGGGUCUGACACCGGCUCCAUCUCUCAGCCCCGCUUUGCCUGUAACGCCUGCAGCGCUCCCAGGCUGGAGGGGGCGGCCAUCACCCCCCUCUCUCUCACACCAGAGCCCCCUCCGCCGGCCUCCGCCGUCCAGACCCCCCGCGGCUACUGCCCCACGUGCUCGCCCUACGAGUCGCCCUUCUACAUCCGCACCACCGACGAGAUGCGCAACGGGGGCGAACGCAUCACCUACAUGCCCACGCACUAUGAGAACCAGGCCCUGGCACUGGCCUUGCCUCCUCUCCCCGGGUCCCUGUUAAGUGCUGGUCAGUCACUGCAGCCGGUGCCGGACUUCUAUACGAACACCCGCGCCAUCAGCACUGAAGUGUGACCUUGGAGAUGAGUUUAGACUGCGCUCAUCUCUCCUGAGUGUUGCUGUCUCCCCUGGAUGCACUCUGAGGACAUGUCUCCUGAGUGGUCUUGGGAGAAUCAGCUGGUUCGGGCUUCCUGCUUGAUGCCAGUCCAGUCCCUAAAAAAAUUGUCAACCAGCUUCCACUUAUAUUUGAGGAAAUUGAAAUAGUAUUUUUGUCUUCUAUUCAGAAGUAGGUGAUACUUUAGCUAUAAUUUUUGAUGUAUUUCCAAACCCAUUGAGGCUCCUGCAGCACGGAGAGAAAGGGCAUUUACAUUAAGAGUCUGCAUUUUGCGUUUAAAGGACGAGACCCAUCCACUGUCUGUGAAGGUAUAAUGUGGGUUCAGUAACCAAUUGAGGGCUACCAACCAUCACCAACAGCUACUCUUGUUAUGUCCUGUAUCUGCCAAAAGUGAAAAUAAGAAGAAAAAAUCAU